AUGGCGAAAUCAUGUAAGUGCGGUAUAGGAUAUCUAUCAGGAACAGUUUUUGCAUUGAGAUUCCUAAAAUCCCCACAAGGUCGCCAUGCGCCAGCUUCUGGUUUCGGAACCAUAUGUAGCGGAGAGGAGUAUGGGCUAUUUGAAGGACAUCAGAAUCAUUCUUGGAUUUUUCUGUUGAGGUUUUCCGGCUAUUUUUUUCUUGGAGACAAAUACCAGUUACACAGUUUUUGGAUGAAAAUGCGGACCAAAGCAACAAAAACAAAAUGUAUUGAGAAGGAUGAAUCUGCACCAGCUCCGAAGGUGCUUAAGGUCGAGCCUUCACCAACAACAGAAACCGAUGGUGGCGGUGGUGAAGGUGGUGGAGGUGGCAGCAGCAGCAGUAACAAAAUUUGCCAAAUGUGUGGCAAGGUCCAUAACAACGAUGACAUUUUCAAAUAUCUCUCUGUCCUUCCAGAAGACGAGCGAUACAAAUGCCAUUAUUGCUCUGAGUCUUUUUCUUACAGCUGUUUAUUUGCUGCUCAUAUACGUGCUUGCUCGAAUGCCUACUCUUCCAACCCCAACAACAAGAAACCAAAUUCUACCAACAAUUACCCAACCACUUCUGUCAGUACGGUCACAACGGCUGGGAACGAUGUCAAGAAUAUAGUUUCACCCUCUGUUACGACUAGCAACACCUCUUCCAAUAUUUACACUAAAAGAGAGAAAAUAAAUAUAUCUAUCUCUGUUCAUAUCUAUCUAUCUAUUUAUCUAUGUUCAUUUAUGCCUAUUUAUCUAUUUCGAUCUCUUAAUAUCUCUCUCUAUCUCAGUCUGUAUAUAUCUAUCUAUCUAUCUUCAUAUAUAUCUAUUUAUCUAUCUCAAUCUCUUAUUAUGUCUUUCUAUCUCAGUCUUUAUCUAUCUAUCUAUCUAUCUAUCUCAGUCUCUUAA